UCGACGGACCAACAGAAGACUGACGAGUUUGCGCCGUAGUAACAGGGAAGUGUAAAGAUAUCGAUGCGCCUUUUUUCAGCUGACUUGGCUCAAGAGCUGAUGGUUCUUGUUCUUCUAGUUAACAAAAUUUAAGAAUAAUUCAUCCCGGAGUACGAAGCAGAGGUACCCCAGCUGCGACGCGUAGAACCUUUGAAAAUGCCUCGUAGAAAGAGAACCGCUGGCAGCAGCUCGGAUGGGACGGAGGACUCGGAUUUUUCCGCCGACCUCGAGCAUGCAGAAGCUUCCGAGAGCGUGCACAGGCGUAGCAGCACGCGUCUCACUCGUGCGUCACUGCGCCUCAGCCGAAGCUCACAAGAUAACUGCAGCUCAAUACGGAGCAGUUCUCCCGCAGCAGUGUGUCCUGAAGAAAGUUUGGACUCGGCAGCAGCAGCAGCAGCAGCAGUUGCAGCGUCUGUCUUCUCCUCUGGGCGCAGAAUCACACGCAGCCAGCAGGGGGGGAUAAACACCACAGCCAAAAAAUACCCACUGCGUCAGAGCAGGUCAUCUGGCUCGGAUAUUGAAGCAAAUGACCUGAAGCAGAGAGCCGACCGUGAUGAGACCCCUCCUCGCACCCCAACCGGUAAUGCACAAUCUUCAGAAUCAGACAUCGAGGUCUCGAGUCCCAGCAAUGACCAUGUGUCUUCUAGCAACGAUCAUUUAGUUUCACAAGAGGAGGACGAGAGAUUGGCCAAAGAGCUGUCACUCAAAGAAGCAGCCGCCCAUGAUCUUUCGCACCGCCCCAAACGACGGCGUUUCCACGAGAGCUACAAUUUUAACAUGAAGUGUCCAACGCCUGGUUGUAACUCAUUGGGUCAUCUAACAGGGAGGCACGAGAGACAUUUCUCUAUAUCAGGAUGUCCUCUCUACCACAACCUCUCUGCUGAUGAAUGCAAGGGCAAGGCAUCGACGCGCGAGAAGCAGACUGAGGAAAGGACGCUGUCACACCGCCAGGACGAGAACAGGCACUCCACAAGAAACCAGGCCCCGACAGACCGUCAGCUGCGCUACAAGGAGAAGGUCACAGAGCUGAGGAGGAAGAGGAACUCUAGCCUCAAUAAGGAGCAGAAGGAAAAGUACAUGGAGCACAAUCAGAGCCAUGGAGCUACCAGGGAGCCACUGCUAGAGAACAUCACCAGCGACUACGACCUGGAGCUGUUCAGGAAAGCGCAGGCACGUGCAUCGGACGACCUUGAGAAGCUUCGUCUGGAUGGCCAGGUGUCGGAGGGCAGCAACAUGAUAAAGACCAUCGUAUUUGGGCGCUACGAGAUGGACACCUGGUAUCACUCUCCGUACCCAGAGGAGUAUGCCCGACUGGGAAGAUUGUACAUGUGCGAGUUCUGCCUAAAGUACAUGAAGAGCCAGACCAUUCUGCGCAGGCACAUGGCUAAGUGUGUGUGGAAGCACCCUCCAGGCGAUGAGAUCUACAGAAAAGGGAACAUCUCUGUCUUUGAGGUUGACGGAAAGAAGAACAAGAUCUACUGUCAGAACUUGUGUCUGCUGGCGAAACUCUUCCUAGACCACAAGACUCUGUAUUACGACGUGGAGCCUUUCCUCUUCUACGUCAUGACAGAGGCCGACAACACAGGGUGCCAUCUGGUCGGAUACUUCUCCAAGGAGAAGAACUCUUUCCUGAACUACAACGUGUCCUGCAUCCUCACCAUGCCGCAGUACAUGAGGCAGGGCUACGGCAAGAUGCUCAUUGACUUCAGUUACCUGUUGUCAAAGGUGGAGGAAAAGGUGGGUUCACCUGAGCGCCCGCUGUCUGACCUUGGCCUGAUCAGCUACAGAAGUUACUGGAAGGAGGUGCUGCUGCGCUACCUGAACAACUUUCAGGGCAAAGAGAUCUCCAUCAAAGAGAUCAGUCAAGAGACGGCAGUGAACCCGGUGGAUAUUGUCAGCACACUGCAAUCCCUUCAGAUGCUCAAAUACUGGAAGGGAAAGCACCUGGUGUUAAAGAGACAGGACCUUAUUGACGACUGGAAGGCCAAGGAGACCAAACGUGGUAAUGGAAAGACCAUUGAUCCCACAGCCUUAAAAUGGACACCGCCCAAAGGGUCAUAAAAGAAACUUCUUUUCACAAUCCCAAAACUGAGAACACACACCCACCCCCCCCACACACACCCACCCCCACACACACAGAUCCUCCUCUGAACACUGGUAUGCUCACAGUUACUUAGACUAAAUCUUCACAUCUACUCCUGUACAAAUGCUUUCAGCAGCGUCAGCCGUUAGUCACAGACAGAUAUUACUCUGGGUUCAGCAGUCGCUCAGAUGAUGGGUUUUGUAAAUGAACGCAAAUCCAACAAUCCGAACAAUAAACUGAUGACGGGAUGUUCUCCAAAGCAUCAAACUUCCUUCAAUCACAGCACAAAUAAGAAGAGAAAUAGGCCAAAUGUCUUCUCUGUUUAACUCUGGCUCUCUAAAGUCAACCUGUGAGAUCCAGCAAUAGUCAGAGUUGUUGUCAAGAAAUCUAAUGUAAAGGAAAUAAUAAUUUUAUCUUAAAAAUAUAAAACAUGAACUGCUUUUUAAUGCUAAUUAAAUUUAAAUUUGAACCCCUCUCAAGCCAGCUGAAGCCAUUUAGUGUAGAGUCCAUAACUGUUGAAUAUGAAAUUCAUAAUUUUGGGGAAAAUAUAAUUAACUAAUUGUAUGAUACACAUACAAGAAACAAUAUUUUCUAACCUCUAAAAUAUAAUUAAAAUUGUAUUUUCUAAAUAUUUUAAUUACAAUAAUAAUCUCUUUAAAAUAUUUAUUGACAGCUAUUUUCAUUUCAAAAUGCUCUUCUUUAUAAAAUAAAUUCAACAUUGUUUAUAUUAUGUCUUUGUGUACAUUUAUGCAUUUUUAUAUUUCCAGUUGAAGCUCCAGUGACAAGAUCUUUUUGUCAGAGAAAUUUACCUACAAAACUACAGGACAAAACUGGCAAAGAUAAGAGGUACCACUCUGUCCACACCAGGCGUCGAGAUUCAAUUCAAAAGUUCCUCAAGGUGGAGGCCAGCAGCCAGUGAUGUCAUUUGGCUUGUGAGAUGUAAAAGUAAUUCAACUCCUCCUCAAAGUACCGGCUAGUUUUCUAGUGUUCAACAUGAGCUGCAUUCCAUUCAGUUCUCGAGACAGCCAACUCAAUGCAGAAUAACAGCACUUGCGUGUGGUGUUCGAUGGACACAGGACACACAUCAAAUUUGAAAAUUUGAAGAAUUGGCACCACCUGCAGAGAACCAUCGCCUUAUAUCAUUCAUCCAAAGAACUACAUAAAACAGAUUCACCUCUUGUGUUAGGAAGAAGGAAAGGGUACACAAAUCUAGAGCGUCCAAUCAUUGCUCAAUCUGACGGUGACUGUUUGAACCCAGAGGAAAAAUCUUCAGACAACACGCACAAACAUACAAAUGUUUCCUGUCAGGCUGUUAUUCAUGAAGCUAUAGCUGCCAUUGGCCAUGCUUGGACUGUUUUACAUCACCAGGGUAUGAUCCACCUGGAUGUGUUUUGUUACCUCCUCACUCCCCCUUUGCUUAACUUUGUGGGAGCUGUGCUGUUUAUGACCCACAGUUACGCUCUGAACAGUGAAGGUUUAUGGGGCGUCGAAGCUACAAAGAACGUUUGAGCUUGUAAACACGUUGGUGUCUUUUUUUUUAGUGGUUUUGUAAAAGUUCUCAAUGUUUUCAACUUUUUCUACCUCUGAGGUUUACCACUGUUUAAAAGCUAGAAAGGCCCAUUUGAAGCUUUGUUUGUUUCUCUUUGUGUUCUCUGUAUUAACACGUGAAUGUUUGUUGCCGUGUUCAGCCAGUGGGUGUUUUUAAAUAGGUUCUUUUUUUAAAAUAUGCUGUUUAUAUUUAAAGAAAUAUGCUAACUGCGUAGAACGUAUAUGACAAAGUUUGAUAGAAGAAUGUCUAUUCUCUAGGCUGAGUCCCUUGUUAAUAUAAAUAUGAAUUUUUUUGUGGAUUUUAAUGUGUUUUGGAAGGUACAGGAGGGAGAAUGAAAACCAGACACUCACCAACUAAGACAAAAGUCAUUUACAUUUCAGAGGUUUGGGUCUUGUAAUCUAAAGUGACGUGAACCAAUUAGAAUAUGUCACUGUUGAACAUUGUCACUGCUUACUCACCUACUAUGGCGGCAAUUAUGGAAAAUGAUGCACACGCUUUGGUGGGAGUGUUUUGUAUCUUACAGCCUUCUUUGUUUGUCAACUGAUUUUAUUGUAUUUUAUUUUAUUGACAAUCUCCAUAUUUAUUGAUUUUAAUCAACACAUUCAUCUUAAAACACGCUAUUAAGAUCAUUUACAAAAAAAACCCACAUUUUUUGAAAUACCUAAAUAAAGAUACCACUCAUCUCCAUGCUAGCUUCAAAUCUAGCUGCCAGAAUUUGGUUACCUUAGCAUAGCACCAAGACCUGAAACCAGCAAGCCUAGCUCCAGCAGUCAACCACAAAUUAUACAGCUAGUCCUUGUUUUCUACUUAUCUUAAGGUGGGAAGUGCAUUUGGUUACCUUUGCACAGUACUGGGCGACCAUUCUUCCUGUGUUAAUGCUUAGCUCUAUUUUAAUAAGAAGCAAAAUUUCCCUUAACUGUCAAACUCUUCCUAACACUCUGCACAAGCUUGGACAGCAGCUGGCUGUGAAAUCGGAGGUGUUCAUACAACAAUGUCAAACUGAAUUAGCCUCACAAAGCUUUUAUUGUAUUACAAUUUCAUAUGAGGCGGAAAGGUUUCCCACACUGCCUGGAGUUAUAUUUGUUUUCAUUUGACAGUAUAAGAAAUGUUGCCUUUAAAUACUGUAAUGUUGCGGAUGUUUCUCUUUGUGUCUUGCGCUCUUUAUUUCUAAAGUGAUGCUUUUUUUCUACAAUGAAUUCAUUUGUAUGUGUUCUACAUUUUGUGUAUUGUUUUCUAAUCCUGUGGUUGUUUUUAUGUCUUGGGGUGAUACGAUAGCGGGUUCACGAGUCACCACACCCACUUGCAGUCUCAUAAUCAAUACAAACAGGCCGUGCAUUUCAAAGGACUCUGCUUACCCUUUUAGCACCUGCUCACAAAAAAACGACUCUGAAAUGUGUGACUGACAGAAAACACUCAAGACUCUUGUGAGUGUAGACAGUCUUUUGCUUUUUCUCUGCCAAUUCUUAAGUGCAUUUACAGGAAGGUGCACUUAUUUUUCAAGCUACGUUCAAAGGAAAAAAAGUUUCCAAACAUGGCUGGGCCACUUUUGUUUAAGUUCUGUUAAGAUAUUACCUACUUGGUUUGAUGACGUAAAGGCGGAUUUUUCUAGAAAUGAGGAAUAAAAGAUGACGUUUUGUACUGAGAAAUAUUUUCUAUCCUUGUAGGAGAAGAAAAGGGACCUUAUAUAAACACUUUCUAUUACAACAAACAGGAUUAUUAAUAAAUUAAACUUCAUCAAAAACACCUCUGGAGUGUUUAAACAACCCAUAUUCAUCAUAUUAAAUGUUGAAGCAUGAUUUUUGCCCCUCUGUUUGGGUCAGUCUUCAAGUCCAGUCUCAUUUGUGUUCUUUAUUCUUCAUCCCGUCGUCUUGCAGUAGCAAGUGCCAGUGGCAGCUAUAGAUGUGCAGCUUCAGAGCUCCUUGCUUGUUAUUAAUCCUAAUAUCAUCCAGUGAUAAGAGGAACCAGACACGUACUACCACCCUCUGUAAACCACCAGUGAGCCCUUGUAGUGCUGCAGCACUUCACCUCACCUCGCCCUGCUUCCUAUUUCAACUACGCACUCAAAGCAGCAACACACAAAAGUAGCGUGGCAUCAAUAUGUAGCUCAGUUGUGCUUUUGUACUUGCUUCUGUCUCUUCCUUCCUACUCAAUAAAUGCAAAUGGUGAAACAUGGUCAGCCUUUUCUGA